UCGACCUGGUAACGUCUCUUUCGUCGAAGUCUCUAAACUUUUUUCCUAGCAUCACGGAUACAUUUUUUCCUCUUGUUGGUUAAAUCAACAUACUUUAUGAAACACCGUUUUGUCUGGAUUAACUAAAGGAAGGAAGGAAUCCUUACUCAAAGCUUGUGUGUGUCUGUGUGUGUGUGUUUGUCGUUCGCUCUAGUCCAAACCCACAUGGACGCCAGCUACACACACGGUGUUUAUCACUUGGAGCUAACAAAUGAAGUGGCUACGUGCAGCAGGGAUCCUCAUGCUCGUCCUCUCCACUGCUGCCCGGCCCGCUGAGUCCGUCGGAGCCGCCGCGUCCGCACCACCGGCUGGCAGCUGAAGCACGGCUACGGCCGGCCCGGAGGGGGCCCUGUCCUGUCGCCAGCUCACACGAAGAUGAACAAAGUGAACUUCCACAACAACAAAACCAUGCAAGACCGCCGCUGCGUCUGUGUCUUUCUGCCCAAUGACGACACCCUCAAUGUCAUAGUCAAUGUGAAGACUCUGUGCCAGGAACUGUUGGUCCAGGUGUGUGACCUCCUGAGGCUCAAGGACUGCCACCUGUUUGGACUCAGUGUGAUUCAAAAUAAUGAACACAUCUACAUGGAACUGGAUCAGAAACUGUCCAAGUACUGUCCCAAAGAAUGGAAGAGAGAAGCCAGCAAGGGAAUCGACCAGUUUGGGCCCCCUAUGAUCAUCCACUUCAGAGCUCAGUAUUACGUGGAGAACGGCAGGUUGAUCAGCGACCGGGCGGCCAGGUACUACUACUACUGGCACUUGAGGAAACAGGUGCUGCUCUCCCAGUGCAUCCAGCGGGAGGAGGCCUACUUCCUCCUGGCGGCCUUCGCCCUGCAGGCCGACCUGGGCAACUUCAAACGGAACAAGCACUUUGGCAAAUACUUUGAACCCGAAACCUACUUCCCCCCCUGGGUGAUAGCCAAGCGCGGCCGUGACUACAUCCUGAGACACAUCCCAAACAUGCACAAGGACCAGUUUGCCCUCACGGCCUCUGAGGCGCACCUCAAGUAUAUCAAGGAGUGUGCGCAGCUUGAUGAUGUCACCGUCCACUAUUACAGGCUCUACAAGGACAAAAAGGAGGUGGAGGCGUCUCUUACUUUGGGACUGACUUUACGCGGGAUUCAAAUAUUCCAGAAUAUCGGCUCUGUGAGGCAGCUUUUGUACGACUUUCCGUGGACCAACGUGGGAAAACUAGUUUUUGUGGGCAAGAAGUUUGAAAUCCUUCCAGACGGACUCCCCUCGGCCCGGAAGCUCAUCUACUACACGGGCUGCCCGGUGCGCUCUCGCCACCUGCUGCAGCUGCUGAGCAACAGUCACAGGCUCUACAUGAACCUGCAACCCGUCCUCAAGCAGGUCCGCCGGCUGGAGGAGCACGAAGAGAAGAAACAGUACCGGGAGUCAUAUAUCAGUGACGCUCUGGACCUGGACAUGGACCACCUGGAUAAGCGUUCCCGAGCCAGCGGCAGCAGCGCCGGCAGCGUGUCCCGCCACAAGCGUCUCUCCCGCCACUCAACCGCCAGCCACGGCAGCUCACACACCUCGGGCAUCGAGGCGGACAGCUUGAGGGCGUCCAACCAGGCCGCCCCACGGCCGCCGAGGACCUGUGGCUCGUCCACCGCCAGCCACGGGAGCUCGCACACCUCGGGUAUCGAGAGCGGCGGAAAAGAGCGCGUCCUGGACGACGACGCAGAGAUUGAGAUGCUGGUGGACGACCCCAAAGACUACGAGGAGCUCAGCGAGAUGGCACUGGACCAGGAACUGUGCAUACACAUCACGGAGGACAUGUUGACCAUGUCCCCGGAUCAGACCAACGGAUACUCUGGUCUUAUCGUCAAAGACGUCAGCUCCUCCGCCUCCAGCUCCUCCGAGACCGUUGUUAAGAUGAGAGGACAAAGCAUCGAGUCCCUGCCGCAGACGUCAACAUGCAGGAAGCCUCCCUCGUCCACCGACCGCCACAGCCAGUCGCUGGACGACAUCCGCCUCUAUCAGAAAGACUGCCUGCAGUGGGCGGAGCUCUGCCAGGACACCGCCCACAGCUACACCUUCGGCUGCGCCCAGGAGCUGAGCGAUGGCUGCAGCUACCAGGGCCUGGCCGAGCAGUGUGCAGGCCUGCGGGCGGGCGACCAGCAGGCCUUUCCCAUCAAGAGGACCAGCAAGUACUUCUCCUUGGACCUGACCAGCGAGGAGGUGCCCGAGUUUGUGGUGUGACCUCCGAAAUGGAGGAUGUCUUCCUGCUUUUUGUCAUUAAUGAACGCAUGGAAGUACAGAAGGGUUCUCGAAGCCAAAAAACGUGACGAAGACUCAACACAGCGUUGCUACCAACCAAAGAAAAGUUGGACACUUUGACGGAAAGUGCAGCGUGCCAACCAGCCGACGUGCCUUCAAUGCCCUACGUGGGUGUCAAACCGUUGCCUUGACAAUCUCAUGUCCGCCGCCCAUUUACAGCUUUAAAACGCUUCAAACGACGUAGCGCAUCGUCAGAGUUGGGUCUGCGUUGCGAAAGAAAACAAUUUAUUCUCGCGUGAAUUAGCAGAAUUACACUUCCAAGCAGCUUUUUUUUUUUAAACGUCUUCCAAGUUUUUUAAGCUGCUAAAAAAAGACACCAAAGGGAAAACGGUUGUUGUGUCAUAGAGUCAGAAAAGCAGAAAAACACGUUUUUUUAUUCUUCAGCUUCAAUCCUGCAUCAACUCAUAUUUUCUACAUUGUUACACUCGCAGCAUCUGAACAAUUUUUCUUUUUAAUAAAUAAAAAUCAGCAUUUAUAUUUCUAACAGGUUGUUUUUGCCACUGUUUUUUUUUUUAAAAAGCAAUUAUUUCUACAUAUUUUAACAAAGAUGUUUCUUAUACGUGUGUUAAUGAACUAAGGUACAUAGCCAUAACGCCAUGUUACUAUAUACUGUAUAAACCUUCUAAGAGUCUCCUAUGUCUCUGUCCAACGUCGUCCUUUCUGUGAAAGGAUUCUCCCUUCAGGUUUAAAAAAAACGUUUUGUUGUUCAACUUGUAGCUAAAAAAUACAAUUGUCAUUAUUAUGAAGUCUGGUCUGUGUGCCUUUCUGGUACUAACGCCGUCAAUAUUCAAAUAAAAAGGUACAUUUUAUUUUUGCU